CUCCGUUCUGUCUUUUUUUUUGUUCUCGAUUUCUGCCGGCCUUUCGACGUUCUAGCUGGCUAAUUCAUCGUCAUUGCUCGAAAUAGCUGCUUUCUUACGGUAAAUCCUGUAAUUAAGGCACCUGGUUGAUGACCCGGCCUACAAAAAACUGAAGAAUGUGAGAUAUUCCGCCCAGGAAAGUUUCUUGGGCUAGACUACCCUCAUCGAACCUCUCGGUCGCCAACCACAGAUUGAACAUUUAUUUUCCGACUUUGAAUCGUCUCUUGCCGUGUGCCCACAUCAAAAGCUGAGUGGCGAUGGACUCGAGGAAACUUUUCCAGAUGGUACAACACAACAUCCAUUCCCCUCUUCCCUUCCUAUGCCCACAUCUCUUAAGCUUUGUCUUGUGUCAUAAGGCCAAUGAGUACCCCAAGUACAAUGACACGAUGGCCUGCACGCUCAGCCUGUCUGGCACGAUGGCAUUGGCCGGUAUAGUGGCUUUAACCCUAAUUCCGACCACUUCCCCAUUUUUAAUGGUAUUGGUCGCCACUGGGUUCAAACUAUGUCAGUCAAUUCACUCUUUUGGAGCCACGUCCAGUCAGGCUGAUAGCCAUCAGGCAACAUUUCCAUCACAGCCCUUUAAGUCAUUGGGGUUUUGGAUGUUAACCGGUAGUGGCUUUACCUCUGCGCAAAACCCAGGGACGUACUCGUCUAGGCCAGAAGCGCCUUGCGCCUUCAAAAGGCGACAAGUAGUGGCAGGACGCAGGGAUGCAAGGAGAUGGAACGGUCGUGGAGGCGGUUUGAUUUUUCUUGUUUCUUCUUGUUCCUGUCCAGCGUGGACACCUUGCUGAGCGGCCAUUCAGGCCUCCCCGGAGACCCAAAAUCCAACAGCACUCAUGACGUUGAUCGAAACAAAAAAGCCGUUUGCCUUUGCAAGCAACCGAAUGUUUCUCCGUGAAGUCAUCAGUCGAGCAUCCCAACGGAAAAAAACAAGGUGAUGCUUCUGCAUCAGGCUCCUGUAGGGAAAGAUGCGGAACAUGGUCGAAG